AUGAUUCUUGCCUGUGAUCCUCCCUUCAAGGACAACUCACGGCAACACAAACUACAUGAUGAUAAAGGGAAAAGUGUGUCUUUCGGUGGAGAAACAAGAAUUGGUGAUGUUCUUGCUGUCAUUGUUGGGAUUCUGGCAACUCCAACAAUGGCUGCUUUAACUUCUAUUCCAGAAGAUUUGGUUUCGGCUGUUAGAACGUGUCUUGCUUAUUCAAUGAAGAGGCUGAUGAAGAUUCAAAUUCUUGUGAGAGAACCUUUAAUCUGCCAUAAAGUUGCAUCUGUCACCACUGUCUGCAUGAAUAAAACUGGAACCUUAACUAUGGCUUCCAUGGAGGCUCCUUAUGUGAUUGAUGUCAAUGGCAAUACAAGAUUCAUUUAUCUUGUCUGCAUGGCAGAAAGUUGCCUCAGAUGUAUAGCUUUCGCACACAGGAAAACGUUAAUAAGAGAUUUCAUCAUCUUUCAACAGCAGCUGAUUCUAUUAAGCCUUGUCGGAUUGACAAAUUCAUGUCGAAGUGGAGCAAGGGAAACAAUGGAAGAUUGUCGUAGAGCUGGAAUCAGCGUCAAAUUGAUCACCGGAGACAACAAAGUAACUGCCACAAUCAUGGCCACUAAGUGCGGAAUAAUUGAGCCUGAUUACCAGCCUGGUGAAGUGAUAGAUGGUGAGGAAUUCCGGAAUUUUAGCUUAGAAGAGCAAAUGGCGAAAAUUGAAAAUAUCUGCGUGCUGAAAGGCCAUGUGGUUGCAUUCAUUGGACGAGGCAUUGGAGAUACACAAACCCUUAGAGAAGCAAAUGUAGGACUUUGUUUUGGAACCCAAGAGGCAGAAAUUAUCAAAGCAUGCUCAGCCAUUGUCAUGUCAUGCAAAGUUUUUCCUUUCAUCAUUGAUAUUUUGACAUGGGGUAGGGGAAUAUACGACAGUGUCCAUAUUUAUACUCAGUUUUUGCUCAUUGCAAGUUUUGCUGCUCUGGUAAUUGACUUUGUGAUGGCUGUUUCAUCUAGCGAACACCUUGGUUUGAAUGCUGUGGUAGCUAUUUCAACAGGAAAAUUUCCAUUUCUGGUGUUUCAACUUUUGUGGAUGAAACUGAUUGCAGGGAUAGCCAGGCUAGGAUUUGGCCAGUGGUGCUUGAGUAUAGCCUUUUCUGCUACACCUUCUAUGGUCAAUUGGUUUGUUAGGUGCGUGCCUCCUCUGGGAAACUUUAAGCUGCCAAUGUUGAAGCCUAAAAUUGAUUAG